GCGGUCACUAAGGCAAAAUGACAGGGGUUCGAGUCUGUGUAUAUAUAUUUUUUCCACUCGUGAAGCGUAAUAGCAUUCCGCCCUGAAAGAGUGUUAAGUUGUAUGCGGUACUUAACUACAAAAUAAAUCACAUGGACUACUAGUUAGCUGGUUUAACGGUUUGUCGUGGUAUUUCCGGUUUUAAUAAUGCCCACGGUAAGACUAACGGAUGCAAACAUAACCACACUGCACUGCUACUGCUGUAUACUCCAGGAGCGAUCAGGUCACGUCAUACGCUGAGCAAGUCGUCAUGUAUAGUACCCGGGGUAUAUCUGAGAUGUCCUCUUGUCCCAUGAGCAGCAGCAGCAUUACAGGUCUCCUGUCUGCGCUCUGCGACUGCAGCCUGUCCGGAGUGUCAUGGAAGCGGCGCUCUUUUGGAGGCGUCUCCCGCGUGGGGCUCCACCGCGCCCUCCGAAGACGUGCGUACGCCACGCUGCUUUCCAAACUUUUCCAGGACAGCUCGGCCAAACCCUCCUCGGCGAUGGCAAACGCGUUAGCCGACACACCCCCUUACAACAAAAUGCUCAUGAUCUCCUUCGAGCUGCGCGUCUCAGGCCGUGCCGAGGACGCGGAAAGGCUGGAGGGCCUGCUGGGACAGCUGCGUGAAGCAGGCCGCUCCUCCGGUCUGACUGAGCUUGACUCUGUGCUGGAGCUCUUGGCACAGCUGGCAGGUUCAGGUCCUCCACUCGUGUCCUCGUUCAGCAGGGACUGCAUGCGGCGUGAACGGCCCGUGCUGCGCAGACCCGCGCUGCAGGGUUAUCUCAGCGAGGAGCUGCAGAGGCUGGAGAGCAGGACCUGGGCUCUGGUACUUGAGGAGGAAUGGGGAGCGUUCAGGGGUGUUUGUAGGACUCUCAGCGUAUUGGACGCUCCACCAGGGACUGGAUUGUUUGGUUUGGAGAGGAGGCUGGACGGAGAGGAGAGGUUUGAGAGAGACACCAGACUGUCUCUGUUUGGAGCGCUGCAGCACUCGCGGACAGCAGAUUUGGACGUCCGGCUGGACUUUCCGCCAGUCCCCAGUAACGCAGACGUCACGGGACUCAAUAUACGGGUUCCUCAGGGUUUGGAUCAGUCUGAGGAUGAAGGAUUCCAGUCUGCCUCCAAUCUGACUCCCGACUCGCAGUCUGAGCAGAGCCCCAGCCCGGAGCCUGACAUGUGGGAGGCCUUGCGCACUUUUGUUCCUGCGAGACGUCGCUGCUGGGAAAACGUGGGCUGUCCUCCAGGUCAGAAGGAGCCUCCAUACCUGACCGAAGCAGGCAGAGAGGCAUUCGAUCGGCUGUAUCGGCUCUGGGAAGGCGAGAUGAGGAACAUGCUCUCCUCUCAUACUCCCUCUCCUCUCCUGCCCCUGCCUCUGGACUGCCAGACGCAGCUAGUUAAAGACCUCCUCAACGUGCUUAUAGGCGUGGCGUCUGUUACUUUCCCCCUCAAUGAGUCGAGCGUUCAGUUUGACGUACGUGCGGACGUGUGCGUGUCGGGAACGUCCCCGGAGAGCGUGUCGCGCCUGUUAGAGGAGCUGGCGCGGUACGGCACACAUUACCUUCGCCUGAGCCGCUUCUCUCUGGGCUCUGCUGAUAAGAAAGGCCUGGUGUUUCAGGCGUUUACAGGUGGCCUGCGGCGCUAUCUGCACUACUACAGAGCGUGUGUACUAAGCACACCCGCGUCUCUCAGCCUCCUCACCAUCGGCUUCCAUUUCCGCAAGCUGGGCCGGCAGCUUAGGUACCUCGCAGAGCUGUGCUGCGUGGAUGGUGCUGCCGGUGCGCGCCAGGCUGCGUUCCCUGUGGGUGUGAAGCUUCUCUCGUACCUGUAUAACGAAGCACAGAGCAACUGCAGUAACGAGAACUACCCUGUGCUGCUUUCUCUGCUCAAGAGCAGCUGCGAGCCUUACACACGGUUUGUAUCGGACUGGAUGUACAGCGGAUUCUUCAGAGACGUGUAUAAAGAGUUCAUGAUCCAGGUGAACGAGGACUACCUCAGCUACAGAGAUAAGCAUUUCUGGGUGCAGGGCUACACUCUGAUCUCGCAGGACGCGGAGGACUGCGUGCCCGUGUUCCUCCGUCACAUCGCCAACGAUGUUUACGUCUGCGGAAAAACCAUCAACCUGCUGAAAAUCUGUUGCCCACAGCAUUAUAUCUGGUCGGAGGUGCCUGUGCCACGCAUCGCCGUGACAUUCUCUCUGCGGGAGGUGGAGGAAAUUGAGAGAGAUUGCGCCGUGUACCGCGGCCGCAUGGAGACCAUCGCCAAACACAGCGCCAUCAGCAGAGAGGAGCAGGCGUUGCGUACCGAGCUGGCACGCCAAGAGCUCAUCAAUCAGGUCAGAGAGUCAGCAGCCAAGACGCUGGAGAGCAUCCGAGGCCACCAGCUGUCACAGCGUCUGGCUGAGGAGGCUAAGAAGAGAGAGCGCUUUGAAGAGCUGAGGCAUCAGCUAGAGCUCGACCAAGAGUGGCGAAAUGCUGUUAAAAUGAAGCAGCAAGAGGAUGACUACAGUUUUGCCCGAGAGCUUAGAGACCGAGAACAGAGGCUGCAGGCCCUCGAGGAGCAGCUGGAGCGCAGGGCACGCAUGGACCUGAUCGCGCAAUACAGUCGUCUGUCUGAGGAGGCAGCUAAGAAAGAGCGGAGGGCACUGUGGAAAGUACAGAGGUUGAGACUACAUGAAGCCCGAGUAAACUUCCUAGAGCAGGACCAACACACCAUACAGGUUCUGCUUGUGAGACAUGCUUUAGGACAGGAAUGCCCCAGUCAGGAUCCAGAUCUUACAAAGAAAACACCUCAGGAUCAGCAGGAAUCCCACACUCCUGAGAUACAAAUGAAAAAUCUGACCAUGGAGCAAAAGCUCACUGCUCUUUCUGAUUCAACUCUGCCUCCUCCUUGCCCUCCUGCAGUUCUCCCCCCAUCCACCAGGAACUUUGAUGCUCUGAUCUCUGAUCAAAAUGACAUUACAGACUUCCUCAUGAAACGUCCACAUCCCACGGAUAGUACGGCGGUAACCAAGGCUCUACAAGACAUCGGCUGUGACCUGUCCGAAUUCUCUAAAAACCCUAAUUCAGACUAUGACUUCUCCUCCCCCUACAGCCCUCUGGAAUGCCUUAGGCCCCAGUCCCGCUCUGCUCAUCCCUCCCUAUCCCACCAAGUCCCAGAGCCUGGGGCAAGUCAACAUGGCCAUCCUUCACAGAAUUCAUGUCAUCUGGAGGGUAAUGCUGCCUCGGGGCAUACGUCACAUGCUAGUCCGAGUGAAUUACAGCCAGCGAAAGAGACACAAGAGCAAAACGUGGCCACAAAUAAAUGUCAGGAGACAAAUAAACUGCCUAAAGAGAAGAUGUUAAAUGAAGAACAGAAGGAACCUUCAGCAUGUGCUGUGGAUUUGAAGCCAAAACCACCAACGGAUAGCAUAGCAGAGGAGGCCAAAGCUAGUGAGCAGCUUGCUCAGCCCCUUCGGACAUCAGCUGAGCAAAUUCCAAUAGAUCUCACUCUGAUCACUGGCAGUAGCCAAGACUCUGAUCUCCAAAGCAAAUCUAAGAACAAUGUCUCAGGGGUAGCUAGUGUUUCCUCCUCCAAUACUGCCCAGGGUCAUUCUUUUAAUGCUGACAUAAGGACUGGCGGGCUUGUUUCUGAUGCUACCGUGGUCCUUCCCUCACCAAGUAUCCAUGGUCAUGCUUCUGAUGCUCAUAUUAAGGUUGGAGAGAAUGUUUCUGAGGUUACCGUGGCUGUUCCCUCCAGAAAUAUCCAUGGUCAUGCUUCUGAUGCUAAUAUUAUGGUUGGUGAGCAUGUUUCUGAGGUUACCAUGGCUGUUCCCUCCAGAAAUAUCCAUGGUCAUGUUUCUGAUGCUAAUAUUCAAGUUGGAGAGCUUGUUUCUGAUGUUAUCAUGGCUGUUCCCUCUCGAAAUGUCCAUGGUCAUGCUUCUGAUGCUAAUAUUAUGGUUGGAGAGAAUGUUUCUGAGGUUACCAUGGCUGUUUCCUCCAGAAAUAUCCAUGGUCAUGCUUCUGAUGCUAAUAUUAUGGUUGGAGAGAAUGUUUCUGAGGUUACCGUGGCUGUUCCCUCCAGAAAUAUCCAUGGUCAUGCUUCUGAUGCUAAUAUUAUGGUUGGAGAGAAUGUUUCUGAGGUUACCGUGGCUGUUCCCUCCAGAAAUAUCCAUGGUCAUGCUUCUGAUGCUAAUAUUAUGGUUGGAGAGAAUGUUUCUGAGGUUACCAUGGCUGUUCCCUCCAGAAAUAUCCAUGGUCAUGCUUCUGAUGCUCAUAUUCAAGUUGGAGAGCUUGUGUCUGAUGUUACCAUGGCUGUUCCCUCUCGAAAUGUCCUUGGUCAUGCUUCUGAUGCUGAUAUUAUGCUUGGAGAGAACGUUUCUGAGGUUACCGUGGCUGUUCCUUCCCGAAAUAUCCAUGGUCAUGCUUCUGAUGCUCAUAUUCAAGUGGGAGAGCAUGUUUCUGAGGUGACCACACUCACUGACUCUCGUAGUGUCCAUGGUCAUGUUUCUGAUGCCCAUAUAAAAAAAGGAGAGCUGGUUUCUGAGAUUCUUACUCCUCUACCUUCACAAAAUAUCCAUGGUCAUGCCUCUGAUGCUUAUAUUAAGGUUGGAGACCAUGUUUCUGAGGAUACCAUGGCUGUUCCCUCCCCAAAUAUCCAUGGUCAUGCUUCUGAUAAUCAUUUUCAAGUCGGAGUGCUUGUUUCUGAUAUUACCGUGGCUGUUCCCUCUCGAAAUGUCCAUGGUCAUGUUUCUGAUGCUCAUAUUCAAGUUGGAGAAUUUGUUUCUGAGGUGACUUCACCCACUGCCUCUCGCAGUGUCCAUGGCCAUGUCUCUGAUGCCCAUAUAAAAAUAGGAGAGCUGGUUUCUGAUGUUCUUACUCCUCAACCGUCGCAAAAUAUCCAUGGUCAUGCCUCUGAUGCUCAUAUAAAGAUUGGUGAGCAUGUUUCUGAGGUACCCACCUUAACCCCUUCACCUAAUAUCCACGGCCAUGCCUCUGAUGCUCACAUAAAGGUGGGUGAGUAUGUCUCAGACGUUGCUCUCUCUCGCCCUCGUUGGAGCAAACAUGGCCACUCUUCAGACAGCACUCUUAAGGUUGGCUGUCUGAUGCCGGAAGCUCAACCAACACAUUCCCCAUUGCCAGGCAGUGCUUAUGGUCACUCCUCAGACUCCACACUAAAGGUCGGCUGUGUCGUAUCUGGUUCAGACCCGGUGCUUUCCCCACUCCCUGGUAGUGCCUAUGGGCACUCGUCAGACUCGACACUGGGUGUGGGGUGUGUGGUGAUGGGGCCACAGGUCCCUAAGCAGCCGCCUCUCCCGGGUAGUGCCUAUGGGCACUCGUCAGACUCGACACUAGGAUUGGGGUGUGUGGUGAUGGGGCCACAGGUCCCUAAGCUGCCCCAUCUCCCGGGUAGUGCCUAUGGGCACUCGUCGGACUCGACACUGGGCGUGGGGUGUGUGGUGAUGGGGCCACAGGUCCCUAAGCAGCCCCCUCUCCCUGGUAGUGCCUAUGGACAUUCCUCUGACUCUAGCCUGGGUGUAGGCUGCGUGGUGCAGGGGAUCAGACCUGGAAGCUCUUAUAGUGAAGACCCUCAGACAGGAUCCAAUCUGCCCCCAGACGACAAGAACAAGCAAGACAGCCAAGAGGCACAGGCUGCUUCCCAAACUCAGCUGCUCAAUCUGGGUGAGGGUCUCGCUGCCUGGGCCCAGGGGCUAGGACUGUCCCCGUUGGAGAGACCAGAAGAUGACUACCUCCUCAAGCUGGCCUCUCAGUACCACGCUGAACAGUACGAGGAUUCCUUCAGGCAAAUGAUGUCAGCCCCCGACGCACAGCUCCUGCAGCAGGUGACCCGCGGGCCGAACGUUCUGCCAACGGACUCGUCUCUGCACUGUGCUACAGACUCUACUGCUGUGCAGCUCAGCGAGAUGAUGCCCCUCCCUGUACUCAUGAAACACUCUGUCACCACCCCACUCAUCACACAUUUGUCGAUGGUGAAUAAGGCUGUGGUGGAUUAUUUCUUUGUGGAGCUGAGCGUGAAGAAGCACUUUGAAGCUUUGAGGCACUUCUUACUGAUGGAAGACGGGGAAUUUGCGCUGUCACUUACUGAUCGGCUGUUUGAGAAGUUGGGCAGUGGACAAACCCCUGGCGAGCUGCUGACUCCCCUGGUGCUGAACUCCAUCCUGAACAAGGCCAUGCAGUACAGCGUGCACGGCGACAGUGAGCUGGCCACUAACUUCACGUUUGCAUUACGCUACCUUCCCGAGGUGUUCCAUCCCCACGCUCCCGACUCACUCAACUGCCUCGAGCUGCGCUACAAGGUGGACUGGCCUCUGAAUAUCAUAAUAACGGACAGCUGUAUGAAUAAGUACAACCGGCUCUUCUCCUUCCUGCUGCAGCUCAAACACAUGGUGUGGUCUCUCAGUGAUGUGUGGUUUCAUCUCAAACGCACAGCUCUAGUAAAGGGAGCAGGACGCUCGGUGCAGUUCCGUCAGCUGCAGCUAUACAGACAUGAGAUGCAGCACUUUGUGAAGGUGAUCCAGGGCUACAUCGCGAAUCAGAUCCUGCAGGUCUCCUGGAGCGAGUUCACACAAAAACUCAACAGCGCCAACGACCUGGACGCCAUCCAUCACACACACGCAGAGUACCUCAACAGGGCCAUCUUCAGGGCUCUGCUGACGGAGAAAGCCGCUCCUGUGAUGAACAUCAUCCACAGCAUCUUCAGCCUGAUCCUGAAGUUCCGCGGCCAGCUGAUCGCUCAGGCCUGGCAGAGUCAGCAGGGUGAGACGGUGCACCCGAGCUUCGUCGCCAUGCAGCAGUCUUACAACACGUUCAAAUACUACUCACGCUUCCUGUUCAAAGUGGUUUCCAAACUGGUCGAUAAAGGCUACCAGCCUCAUUUAGAAGACUUUCUGCUGCGUCUUAACUUCAACAACUACUACAAGGACUCGUGACGUUUUUCCGCCUCUUGAUCAUGAAACGGAGUUUUCCCCCAUCGCUUCUUCAGGCUCACGCCGGAGUCAUGAAAGGCUUUCUAUAUGCAAAUGAUCUCCUUCUAGCCAUUGUAGCUAUCCUGCAGUGAGAGUAUACAGUGCUAUAAGUAUUAUAGCUGUGUGUGUGUGUGUGAGAGAGAAAGGAAUGUGAUUUAGCGUUUCACUUUUAUACAGUCGGUUCAGCACUCACCUGGCAUUCAGGAAUUUUCUCAGACUACUUCGUUCUGGAAUAAAGUUGACUCGAGCGUCUCUUCGCGUUUUGUCUUCUGGACAUUGAGCAAAAUUUCCUGCUCAUUUCUGUUCUGAGCUGCAGACGCAUGAACGAACAUCAGUGCCUGCGUACAUUCGGUCCCGCUUGUCCCAUUACUGCUGUGUUACAAUUGAAAUAAAAUAAAGAAGCUGAAAGAU